AUGACUUCCAUUGAAGCAAAAAAAUUAGAGGACCAGUUAGAAAGGCAUAUAAAGAAUCGGGCCAGCGAUGCUACUAAAAUGUUGAAUUUUAAGACAUGGUGGUGGAGGAGAAGGGUUAGAUGGCAGAAAUGGUGCCGUUCAACCUCUACAACUAACGCUUCUUCCGCAGAAGUGUCAAACGCCAGAGCAGUCGCAAACACUGGUUACCGAAAGCGACUGCUAGAUGUGGUAACCACAGAAUGCUCUGCAGCUAUUCUCGAGGCGGCGGAGGCGAACCGACAAAGCAGUGGACAGAAAACAAUUGGACGCGGUCCUACUGCCGCCGACCGUUUAAAGAGGCAAGAAACGGAACUCUUUAUUGACAGAGAAAGGUCUGCCUCAGAGAAUGCGGACAAAUAUCAGUCGUUGUCAGAUGUCGAAACCGCACAAGAUGACUACAAUAUCAAUUGUAGAGACACCCAUAGGUCUGAUAAGUCAAGAAAAGCCCCAAAGAAAUCGAAAAAAGAUAAAGGGAACUCGAUCGGCAGAAAUAAAAUAAGGUUUUUCAACAAAUAUGUCAAGGAUGUUAAUAUGGAUAUCCUAAAAUGUGACAGCAACAUGUCACAAUUUUGCAUUACGCUGCUUGAUACGAUGGGGUACCAGCAGGACUUAACAAUAUCCAAGGAUUCU